AGUCAGAAUGGCUAUUAUUAAAAAGUCAAGGGACACAUGUUCUCAGGACCUCCUGAGGGCUGAUCACUCAUAUUUGGCUCAGAAAAAUCUCUUUUACUAUAUUACAGAGUUUGACUCUUUUUGUCCACAGUAAUUUGGUGCCUGAACACGUGAGGCCUCAGAUAAGACUCAGGACCCCAAAGGAGUUGUCUCGACCUGGAGCUAAGUUACCAGCAGGGACCCACUGAAAGCCUCUAGGAUUUUGAGCUUCUUCUUUGCCAGAAGUGGCCACAGCUCACUUCCUCCUUUGAGAAAAGAGAGGAGAGGAGAGGGGGAAGAGAAGAAAGAAAAAAGGAAAAGAAAAAGUGGGAAACAAAUAAUCUAAGAAUGAGGAGAAAGCAAGAAGAAUGACCCCCUUGUGGGCACUCCAUUGGUUUUAUGGCGCCUCUACUUGCUGGAGUUUGUGUAAAACAAAAAUGUUACGGUCUUUGUGCACAUUUACAUCAAGGUCUUCCCCUGGUCUGGAAAUCAAGCACAAAUGAGCCCCUCCCAAUGUUCCGGCACCACUGACCCCACAACCACUGUCACGAGUGGGAUUUGUGACAACAGUCAGCAAAGGAAGAAUCUGAGCCUCAGAGAUGGUUCAUUACCGCCCAAGGUCACGUAGGCAGUGGAUGAUAACCAGUCGUUGAAUAAAUAUCAACUCCCUCCCCGACUCCCCAAAUCAAAGCUCAAACAUAAGUCAUUGUUCCCAAAACAUUGAACGGGGAUUGAGGUGCAGAGGGACGGCCAAGGACGCAACGGGCACCGAGGAGGCAGGAAAGACUCAGAGCUCAGCCUGGACGGCACAGCCACAUGCGAGACGCGUCUCUGCUGAUCUGAGUCUCCCUGAAGCAUGGACCUGGGUCUUCCCUGAAGCAUCUCCAGGGCUGGAGGGAUGACUGCCAUGCACCGAGGGCUCAUCCAUCCGCAGAGCAGGGCAGUGGGAGGAGACGCCAUGACCCCCAUCCUCAUGGUCCUGAUCUGUCUCGGGCUGAGUCUGGGCCCCAGGACCCACGUGCAGGCAGGGACCCUCCCCAAGCCCACCCUCUGGGCUCAGCCAGGCUCUGUCAUCACCCAGGGGAGUCCCGUGACCCUCAGGUGUCAGGGCGGCCUUAAAGCCCAGGAGUACCGUCUAUAUAGGGAGAAAAAAUUAGCAUCCUGGAUUACACUGAUACGACCAGAGCUUGUGAAGAAGGGCCGGUUCCACAUUCCAUCCGUCACCUGGGAACACACAGGGCGGUAUCGCUGUCAGUAUCACAGCCACACUCGGUGGUCAGAGCCCAGUGACCCCCUGGAGCUGGUGAUGACAGGAGUCUACAGCAAACCCACCCUCUCAGCCCUGCCCAGCCCUGUGGUGGCCUCAGGAGAGAAUGUGACCCUCCAGUGUGUCUCACAGGUGGCAUUUGAUGGCUUCAUUCUGUGUAAGGAAGGAGAAGAUGAACACCCACAAUGCCUGAACUCCCAGCCUCGUACCCGUGGGACAUCUCAGGCCGUCUUCUCCGUGGGCCCCGUGAGCCCGAGUCGCAGGUGGUCGUACAGAUGCUAUGCUUAUGACUCGCGCUCUCCCUAUGAAUGGUCUUCACCCAGUGAUCUCCUGGAGCUCCUGGUCCCAGGGGCUUCUAAGAAGCCAUCGCUCUCAGUGCAGCCGGGCCCUGUCGUGACCCCUGGGGAGGAGCUGACCCUCCAGUGUGGCUCUGAUGUCGGCUACGACAGAUUUGUUCUGUACAAGGAGGGAGAACGUGACUUCCUCCAGCGUCCUGGCCGGCAGCCCCAGGCUGGGCUCUCCCACGCCAACUUCACCCUGAGGCCUGUGAGGGUCUCCCACGGCGGCCAGUACAGAUGCUAUGGUGCACACAAACUCUCCUCCGAGUGGUCGGCCCCCAGUGACCCCCUGGACAUCCUAAUCACAGGACAGAUCUAUGACACGGUCUCCCUCUCGGUGCAGCCGGGCCCCACGGUGGCCUCAGGAGAGAAUGUCACCCUGCUGUGUCAGUCACAGAGCCCGACGGACACUUUCCUUCUGACCAAGGAUGAGGCAGCCCAUCACCCGCUGCGUCUGAGAUCACAGCACCAAGCUCAGCAGCACCAGGCUGAAUUCCCCAUGAGUCCUGUGACCUCAGCCCAUGCGGGGACCUACAGGUGCUACGGCUCACUCAACUCCGACCCCUACCUGCUGACUCACCCCAGUGAGCCCCUGGAGCUCGUGGUCUCAGGACCCUCUGGGGGCCCCAGCUCCCCUACAACAGGCCCCACCUCCACACCUGGCCUUGAGGACCAGCCCCUUACCCCUACGGGGUCGGAUCCCCAGAGUGACCCAGCAGGCCCUGAGGACCAGCCCCUCACCCCCAUGGGGUCGGAUCCCCAGAGUGGUCUGGGAAGGCACCUGGGGGUUGUGACCGGCAUCUUGGUGGCCUUCGUCCUGCUGCUCCUCCUCCUCCUCCUCUUCCUCGUCUUCCGACAUCGACGUCACGGCAAAUGCUGGACAUCGGCCCAGAGAAAAGCUGAUUUCCAGCAUCCUGCAGGGGCUGUGGAGCCAGAGCCCAUAGACAGAGGCCUGCAGAGGAGGGCCAGCCCAGCUGCCGAUGCCCAGGAAGAAAACCUCUAUGCUGCCGUGAAGGACACACAGUUUGAGGACGGGGUGGAGAUGGACACUCAGCAGAGCCCACACGAUGAAGACCCCCAGGCAGUGACGUAUGCCCUGGUGAAACACUCCAGACCUAGGAGAGAAAUGGCCUCCCCUCCCUCCCCAUUGUCCGAGGAAUUCCUGGACACAAAGGACACACAAGCAGAAGAGGACAGGCAGAUGGACACCGAGGCUGCUGCAUCUGAAGCCCCCCAGGAUGUGACCUACGCCCAGCUGCACAGCUUGACCCUUAGAUGGAAGGCAACUGAGCCUCCUCCAUCCCGGGAAGGGGAACCUCCAGCUGAGCCCAGCAUCUACGCCACGCUGGCCAUCCACUAAUCCAGGGGGGACCCAGACCCCACAAACCAUGGAGACUGAAGACCCCAGAAGGCAUGGAAGCUGCCUCCAGUAGACAUCAUUGAACCCCAGCCAGCCUAGACCCCUGACACAGACCACUAGAAGAUUCCGGGAACUUUGGGAGUCACCUGAUUCUGCAAAGAUAAAUAGUAUCCCUGCAUUAUCAAAAUAAAGUAGCAGACUUCUCAAUUCACAAUGAGUUAACUGAUAAAACAGAAGUCAGACAAUGUUUUAAAUUGAAUGAUCAUGUAAACAUUACACAUCAAACCAAUGAUAUGGGAAAAUGGAAGCUUCUAAUGAGGACAAACAAAAAAUAGAGAAAAAUUAAUAAAGUCAAAAAAGUUUAUUUUUGAAAACA